CAGUAGCCGAAAACCUUCGAUUGAUAAUCACGACUGUCACUGACACCACCGCAUCAACCCGCUCCGUCUCCGCGCCCUCCCAAUCCAAUAAAGACCUCAAACUCCGGGUCCCACUCACGAUGCAUCUCUAUGUCCGCCGCCUAACCCCGCUACUAAGCAAGAUCGCCAAUCCCAAAACCACGACUAGAGCCAUGGCAACGCAACACACCCCCAGCAGCAGCGACCGCCUAAACAUCUUCUCCACGCCGCUGCGUCCGCACUCGUUGCAGCCACCCACGGGGUACGUCCGAGACGGGUACUGCCAUGCCCCCGCAUCCGACCCGGGAAACCACAGCGUGGCGGCGAUCCUGACGCCGGAGUUCCUCGAGUUCUCGAAGAGCCGCGGGAACGACCUGACCAGCAUCGGCUUAAAGGGCGGUUGUAAGUGGUGUCUUUGCGUCAGCAGGUGGAAGGAGGCGCUGCUGGCGCAUGGCCGCGGCGAGGUCGGCAAGGACGCGGUGCCCCGCGUCGUGCUGGGCGCUACUGGCAGGAGGGCCCUGGAGGGGUGUUCCGUCGAUGAGUUGGUGCAGUGGAAGGCGGAUGAGUGAGUGGGAGUGGUGGGGCGGGGGGAUGUCCCGCGGAGUAUCUACUGUAGAUCUAAAUUUGAAUAAACACAAGAUGCAU